UAACUGUUUAGUUGAAACUAACUGGUUUUAGUAUAUUUUUGAAAACCCGUUGGUAUAUUUAAUUAGUCGAUCAGUGGUCACACUUCAGGCCGGCUAAAUUUUAAGUUUAAUAAAGUUGCCUAGAAAUUACUGAUAUGGCCACCUACGAGGAAGUCAAGGACAUUCCGAAUCACCCGGACAAGUACCUGUUCGAUGUGCGCAACGAGUCGGAGCUAAAGGAGACGGGAAUCCUGCCCGCCAGCAUCAACAUUCCACUGACUGAAUUGGAGAAGGCUCUGAACUUGCCGGACGAGGUCUUCGCCCAGACUUAUGGACGCGAAAAGCCGGCCGUCGAUGCGGUCCUGAUCUUCUCCUGCAAGGCGGGAGGACGCGCUGCCCGGGCGGCCAAUCUGGCCAGCACCCUGGGCUUCACCAAUGCCAAGGCAUAUGCCGGAUCCUGGACGGAGUGGCAGGCCAAGCAGUCCUAAAACAUUCAGUCUUUAACAAAUUGAUUACAAAUUCUAUAAAAUGGUAUAAUAAACUCUACUAUAACAACAACAA